AUGGAGUUCAAAUUCCGUGCCAUUGACGACGACAACAAACCACCACCACCACCGUUAACCGGCGAGGCGGCGCUGCAGCGAGAACUCGAGAAGGAGCGAAUCCGCAGGAAGCUUUUGCCGCGGAGAGAGUUGGAGGAGGAAUUGAGAAGCGAAUUUGCAAUGGAGAAAGAGUUGGGGAUUUCAAUACCGAGGGAAGAAAAGGGAAGAAAAGUUAUUGUGUUGGAUAAGCCUGAUCCCAAUCUCUUUAAUGCAAAGCGAAAAGCAACUACUGUUUCUGAAAUUGAACCUUUUGCAUUUAGUUUGAAGAAAAAACCGAAGAAGGAGUGGAUUUGUGCACUGUGUGAAAUUAGAGCUACAAAUGAGAGUGGUUUGAAUGCUCAUUUGAACGGUAGGAAGCACAAGGCCAGAGAAGCGGGACAAAAUGGGAAAAUUGCCGAGAGAAACAACAAAAGUGGGGAAAAUGUGAAGGCUACUCAAACUGUGGUUGCUACCACAGAGCUACGAGCUGAUGCAGAACAAGAUCAACAACUUCUUCGACCUUGCACGGCCUUGGAAGCCAUGAAUGAGACUGUUGUUGAUAAGGGCAUUGAAGAAAGUGAAAAAGAGGAGCAGCUUGUGAAGACUGUGGCUGAUAAUGAUACAAGUGCUACAAAAUCAAAAAAUGAGAAGUUUGUGGCGAUGACAGUUGGUAAAAAUGAAUCUGAAUCUAAAAAUGAGGAGCAACUUGUGGAGACCGUUGCUGAUAACGCUGGAAGUGUGAUAAAAUCCACAAAUGACAAUAAGCUUGUGGAGAUGAUGGUGAGUAAUGAUGUUAUAAAAUUUGAAAAUGGAGUGCUGCUUGUGGAGAAAAGCCAAAAUGUAGGCUCUUUGGAGAGUAAAAAAGAUGCUGCAAUCGAGGAAGCAGAGAAGAUAAGUGCAUUAUCAAAAAGGACAAAAGUUGAACCUUUGUGGUGUGAGAUUUGUCAAAUUAACACUCACUCAAAAGUUAUGAUGCAAGGUCAUGUCAAAGGGAAAAAACACAUCAAGAAAAUGAAGAAGUUUGAACAAAACAAUGCAAGUCCCCUAUCCACACUCUCUGCAGCGCAAAAAGCUCCUAUGAUCAAAGAUACAUAA